AUGGCUUGGGUACUGGGAUCACCUGCUAUACUGGGCUUGUUGAGCCUGUGCUGGUCUCUGGCUCUUGCCAGCCCUCUUCCUGCGACUAGUGCCCCGGCAAAUGAAGCUGAAGGUGGAAAUGGGACCAAACUGGACCCAGACGUCCUUGAACGAUGUUCGGAUGGCUGGCACUUUGAUGCUGUCACCCUGGAUGACAAUGGGACCAUGCUGGUUUUUAAAGGGGAGUUCGUGUGGAAGGGUUUUAAAUGGGCCCGAGAGCCAAUCUCAGAACACUGGAAGACUUUGACUGGUCCUGUGGAUGCUGCAUUCCGCCGUGGUCACGACACCGUUUACCUGAUCAAGGGAGACAAAGUCUGGGUGUACCCUGCUGAGAAGGAGGAGAAAGGAUAUCCAAAGUUGCUCCAAGAUGAAUUUCCUGGAAUCCCAUCUCCGCUGGAUGCAGCUGUGGAAUGCCACCGUGGAGAGUGCCAGGAGGAGGGUGUCCUCUUCUUCCAAGGUAAUCGCAAGUGGUUCUGGGACUUUGCUACGGGAACCAAAAAGGAGCGUUCCUGGACAGAUGUGGGGAACUGCUCUUCUGCCCUGCGAUGGAUAGGCCGCUACUACUGCUUCCAGGGUAACCAAUUCCUGCGUUUCAACCCUGUCACGGGAGAGGUGCCUCCCAGGUACCCUCUGGAUGCUCGAGACUACUUCAUGUCCUGCCCUGGAAGAGGCCAUGGCGCUAGACAUAGGAAUGGGACCAACUAUGGGAAUAUACCUCAGCGUUGCAGCCCAAAUCUCGUCUUGUCUGCACUGCUGUCUGACACCCAUGGAGCCACCUAUGCCUUCAGUGGAUCCCACUAUUGGCGUUUGGACACCAGCAAGGAUGGGUGGCAUAGUUGGCCCAUUGCUCACCAGUGGCCUCAGGGCCCUUCCACAGUGGAUUCUGCCUUUACCUGGGAGGACAAACUCUAUCUGAUCCAGGGCUCCCAGGUGUAUGUCUUCUUGACAAAGGGCGGCUACACCCUAGUAAGUGGUUAUCCAAAGCAACUUGCGAAGGAAGUCGGGAGCCCUCAUGGGAUGAGCCUGGACACUGUGGAUGCAACCUUCACCUGCCCUGGGUCUUCUCGGCUCUACAUUAUGGCAGCACGACGGUUGUGGUGGCUGGACCUGAAGCUAGGAGCUCAAGCCCCAUGGACAGAGGUUCUUUGGCCUCAUGAGAAGGUCGAUACGGCCCUGUGUGUGGAAAAGUCCCUUGGCCUCAACUCAUGUUCUGCCAGUGGUCCCAGCUUGUACCUCAUCAGUGGUCCCAAUGUUUACUGCUACGGAGAUGUGGACAAAUUAAGUGCAGCCAAGGUCCUGCCUCAGCCCCAGAGAGUGGCCGACCUCCUUGGCUGCAAUCAUUCAGUGGCCUCCUGA